GUUCAUGAUCUACCUCAUAUUGAUGCUGUACUCAUUUCACAUGAUCAUUUCGAUCACCUUGAUCUGAAUACUCUUUCCUUACUUGCUAAUCAUUCACCUGAAGCAAUUUGGUGUGUUCCAAUGGGGCUUGGUGCUCUUAUUCUAGCCGAACUUAAUAAAGCACUCAGAAGCAACGAUCCUUCCUCCACAUCAAAUUAUGACCCAACUAAAUUAGUUCCGAAAGUUGUCGAAGCUCUCUGGUGGGAUGAAAUCGAAUUGGAUGAAAUAGAUUCUAAUUCAAAAUCUCGGACUCCUGGUAUAAAGAUAUGUUUUACUCCGACCCAACACUGGUCUGGGCGAAAUCUUGUUUGGGAUAUGUUUAAGUCACUUUGGGGUAGUUGGGCUAUCAUAGGGCCUCAUCAUCGUGCGUGGUUUGCUGGUGACACCGGCUAUUGUCCCGCAUUUAAACAGAUUGGUCGUCGCUAUGGCCCAUUUGAUAUGGCAGCUAUUCCCAUUGGAGCCUACAAACCACGGUAA